UCUGAACUAACCGGAGCACCGUAGAAUCUCUCUUCAUAAUGCUGAUAAAAACCAUAGGACUGCUGUUCUUGCUUACUGGUCAAGCCUGGGGGCAGUCCAUUAGUUUUCCUGUUUACUCCGUAGGAAGUAUUGUCUCGGCUUUAACUGGAGGCGGUGGAGGCAGUGGAGGAGGUGGAGGAGGUGCAGGACGUCCUUCAAGCAGCAGCAACAACGCUCAAGCUCAAGCGGACUACACUGACAAUCUAAAUCAAUAUUAUAGCAAUCUAUGGCAACAGUAUUACCAAGCUCAGCAGUACUACCAAGCUCAGGAGGCUUACAACCAAUAUUACAACUAUUACUAUGGACCCUUCGGCCCUAACGCAAACAAUGGACAAGGACCGCAGCCAGUACCGGAAUCAACCACUGCAGCUCCUGACACACCGCCGUCAACUCCAAUGACCUCUACUGCCCUUCCUACAAGUACGGGAACGCCAACGACCUCUACUGCCCUUCCUACGCCAAUUACUUCAACCGCUGUAGCCGGCGCAUCUACAACCACAGCAGCUCCACCUACUUCAACUGCAGUUGCUACUUCUCCAGGAUCCGACACCACUUCCACUGCAGUAGCCACCACACCCACAACGACAGCUUCACCAACAACUUCUACGGCAGUUGCUUCUACAGCAGGAUCCGACGCCACCUCCACUGCGGUUGCCACCACUCCCACAACGACAGCAUCUCCAACAACUUCCACUGCUGUAGCAACCGCAAACACCGAUACGACUUCAACGGCAGUGGCGAAUAUGCGGUCUCAAACUACGCCUCUGCCCUACCACUAUGUUCCCAGCGCUCUGAUCAGUCCCUAUGAUCUGCACCGCAUCAGUGCCAACCCAAUUUACGUCCGUGGCUCCGCAGUGGCUUCGUCUGCAGCUCAGUCGUCGCCAGUAUAUAUACCAUACGAAAACAUUUACCGUGGGGGACAGCCGUCUCCAUACUUUGCAUAUGGCGGAAAAAAAUAGAAGACUCAUAGAACGAAAAAACUUUGGUGUAUCUUACACAUGCGAAAAUUAAUUUAUUCAAUAAAAAAGAACAACAGAAAGCAAAAAAAAUUAUUUACAUUUCUUUCUCCAGAUAAUUGAUUCCAAAUCUAGGAAACAACGUUUUAGAAGCAGAAGUAACACCACAAAAACCUGCCGAAUGAAUGGCUAAGUCUAAAUGGUAGCGCUAAGAACUAAUUAGCAUC